AUGCCUAACACCGAGCCAAUAUCGCCACCGCAAGCGAACUUCCAAAAGGAAUGCUGUGAUUUCGUGGACGAGAUCGAAUACCUAACGUUCUAUAUCAGAGAAAAGGAAAAUCAAGGCGGCAUCGCACAUCGAUCAGUAGUUUAUGAGGGGCUAAUGAGGAUCUGGAACCAAGUGGCAGACGUCAAAGACGCUGGACUUGACAUGGUCGCUGAGGCCCCGAAGUGCGCUCUUGUCGCCGAGGCGCCCAAAUAUUGGUUCAUUGAGGCUCUUGCAGACCAGACUCCUUUCGAGCAUCAAUGUGAUAGUCUAGAGUACGAUCUAGAACAAUGGGCACGGUCCGUUCUCCGUAACGAGGCGGAGAACUUUUGGAUUGCUGGUCUCCUUGAGAAUAUGGCUUUGCAACUGUCGGGGCAAUAUUAUUUGUUUGGAUUCCGUGCUGUCAAAGGAUUGUAG